CACUGAUAAUGCUGACAUCAUACAGAAAUAAUGGGUAGGAGCUCGGGUGGGUUUUAUUCUCCGUUCGUUUUGUUUUUGUUUUGCUUUCUGCUUACCAAACAUGGUAGCUUAUCGGUAGAAGAGAGUAGUACAUCACUAAACGAAGAGAAUGGUUUAACAUUAAACUGGACACUGGCUACAUCUGUAGCACCUCACUUUGGGUUUUCUCACGUUAAAGUGACCAUAACAGAGAUUAGUACAGAAAUGCCAGUACCUGGCGGAAAAUUUAGUUAUACGUUUACUGUGACCAAUACUGGAAGUACAACAAGAAAUAUUACUGUAACCACCAAGGUUGACAAUUAUAUGCUGAAAGCAGAGAUUUUAAAACCGAGAUUUUCACUCAAUAAGAAACAAUCACAUACUGGAAUAAUUACAAUUGCAGUAAACCGAAAGGCUAGACCAGGUUUAGAAAGAAAAGUAUUUAUAACAAUAACAGACAACGAGGGACGAACAGAGCGUUAUAAACGUUUUAUUGUUGUACGAGAAGAACCUGUUACAAACGAUGCCAAUCCCCCAGAACUUAUUUUCUUGGAUUUUGUAACCUCAUGUCAAAAGAAUAUAAAGAAGCACACUCGAUGUGGGGCAGGCAAUUGGACAGUAUUGUUUAGUGCACAAGACAGAGAAUCUGGUCUAAGCAUUAUAGAUGUAGAUGACCAUACCAUAUCCACUGUAUGGACAGAAGAUUAUUCACAAGGUCAAGUCAUCAGACCAAUCACCGGUAAAAUCAGUACUGACUGUUGUUGCAAAAGGACAGUUAUCAUUGUCAAAGACAACAAUGGAAACACCAUUAGGAUACCUAUUUAUUUUCCAGAUUACCGUCCCACAAGCGUUCCAAAAGCACAGGGUCACCGACCAAAGUCUAUCAAAAUGACUGCAGUUGUAGUUAGCGGUUUUGGAAUUUGUUUAUUGCUCGUUAUUGUUGGUACAGUAACAGCACAGAAUUGGAAAAAAAUCGCAUGUAAACGCAGAAAGAAAAAAGCCGGGCGAAUUAUCCAUAUGGAAGCUACUCCAAAAGUUAGUCUAAUUAUAUGAGAUCUUCAUUAACAACUGUAAAUAACUCUGUAAUGGAAUUUUGUAAAGCUGAUUUGAUUUUUACCACUAUGUAUAUAUGUUUCUGAAAUCAGUUUUAAUAACAAUAAAACAGAAUUAAGUCUGG